GAAGCUGAAUGCUGUCGUAUGGUGAAUAGAAGCGCUUGUAGCCGCUGUCUGCGGGCGCGCAGCUGAAUCGGGUCGUUCAGACGGAAACUUUGUCCACCUGUUGAAACAGGUGCACGUGCCGUGGACUGCAGCCGGCCCGGCGUGCGCGCGUGCUUCCCGCUGAGCAGCGAGGGGAGAGCCUCUGAACGUGUCGGCGCAGCGCUAAGCCGGCGGAGCCGCAAGGGUUAAACGGCUCCUCUGGUGCGCGGGGCGGCGGGGUUGGAGGAUGGUUGCAGCACCUCGCUCGCCAUACACCUGCGCACCGAAACCGGGCCAAGUUCCCCCAGAACCGCUGCUGCCCGCCGCCGCAGCGCGGCAGACAAUGUCGGAGCGGAGCGGGAUGAGCGGACCGGACCUCGCUCCGACUCACUCCCGCUGAGCCCGAGAGGAAGCUGGAGAGGCGGGGAGGGGAGGGCGUGUGUGUGUUUUCUGCUCGCGUGGAAGCCGCCUUCAUGGACGGACAGCGGAUCUCCGCCGAGAUGGAGCAUCCGACGGAGAACCCGAGCAAGGCGGCGGAGUACCUACAGGAGCUGAAUAACAUCAUCGGGACCCAGCAGGGUCUGCUGGAGAAGCAGAGGAUCCGGAUCGAGGAGCUGGAGCUCCAGGUGACCGAUCUGUGCAAGGAAAACGCCUGUCUCAAGGAUCAGCACCGGAGGCACCUGGCCACCUGCGGGCUCGCUCAGGAGAACCACUGCACGCUGGAGGGCAUCGAGGAGAACGUCGCGCAGGAAAAACGACAUGCCUCAUUGCCUGCGCGGGUCUUUGAGAUCCACCAGAACGUCUUUGACCCCCUAUGUAGAACAAGUUACCCCUGCCUGAAAUGGAAGUCUGCAUCCUUUGGGCCGGACUCGGAGGAGCCCUCCGCCACGUCUCACAGACGCCACCGCCACUCUGUGGAAGGCGACGCCCCUGGCAGCGACGUGAGUGUAUCUGUGGAUCCCUGCGUCAUCUAUGGUUGCAAGCCGGUGACCCACGGCGACAGACCUGGCCUGGAAUACCUGGACAGCCAGCUCUACGGACACAUCUUCCUGCCGAGCCACGCGCGACCCCGCCGCCCCAAGCUCCAGCACUCCCAGUCCAUCCUCCGCAAGCAUGCAGAGGAAGAGGCCAUCAAGCGCUCUCGCUCAAUGUCAGAGAGCUAUGAGCUCUCGUCGGACCUCCAGGACAAACAGGUGGAGAUGCUAGAACGCAAAUAUGGCGGGCGUUUCAUAACCCGGCAUGCCGCACGUACCAUCCAAACAGCCUUCCGCCAGUACCAAAUGAAUAAGAACUUUGAGCGUCUCCGAAGUUCUAUGUCUGAAAACCGUAUGUCCAGACGAAUUGUUCUGUCCAACAUGAGAAUGCAGCUUUCCUUUGAAGGACCUGAAAAAGUCCACAGCUCCUACUUCGAGGGAAAGCACGUCUCUUUAUCCGAUGAAGGCGCCAAAAUCGGUGCACUGGUGCAGUCGGAACACGGCCGGGAGAGAGGUGUACAAAUGAAGAUGCCGAGCACACAGAGUGACCUCACAUAUGCCGUCACAGAACUGGAAGAUGCCUUCUCCAGGCAGGUCAAAUCUCUGGCCGAGUCCAUCGAUGACGCGCUGAACUGUCGCAGCCUGCAUGGAGAAGACAGCACUUUAGAGCAAGGAAGAGGCCACCUGGAUAAGGACAGAGAGCUCAGCCGCCAGUUGGAAUCCUCCCACAGCGCUUUAGAGCACCGCAAGCUAGAUGAGAUGACUGCAUCUUAUAGUGAUGUGACCCUUUACAUUGAUGAAGAAGAACUAUCGCCCCCCUUGCCUCUCUCUCAGUCUGUAGGCCGGCCCUCCAGCACAGAGUCAGACCUGCGCCAGCGUUCCCUGAACUCCUCCCAAGACUACUGGUCUCUUGCUCACAAAGAUGACAAGGGGGACACGGACACCAGCUGUCGCAGCACGCCUUCCUUAGAAUGCCAGGAGCAGCGUCUGCGAGUGGACCACCUACCCCUACUGACCAUCGAGCCCCCCAGCGACAGCUCUGUGGAACUGAGCGACCGGUCUGACCGCAGCUCAUUAAAGAGACAGAGCGCUUAUGACAGGAGCCCCAGCAACCAACAGAGCAGCCCAAAAAGCACCGAUCACGGCCUGCCACCUCGGGGACCUUCCCGGGAAGAAGAUCCAUCCCGUCACUGUGCCCGGCAGCUGGAAGCCCACCUGGCUAUCAACGGUACACCCAACCGCCAGAGCAAAUCAGAGUCUGAUUUCUCCGACGGGGACAACGACAGCAUCAACAGCACAUCAAACUCCAACGACACCAUUAACUGCAGCUCCGAGUCCUCAUCCAGAGACAGCCUGAGGGAGCAGACGCUCAGCAAACAGACGUACCACAAGGAGACUCGGAAUAGCUGGGACUCACCGGCGUUCAGUAACGACAUCAUUCGCAAGAGACACUACCGCAUUGGCCUAAAUCUCUUCAACAAGAAGCCAGAAAAGGGGAUCCAGUAUCUGAUUGAACGAAGCUACGUCCCGGACACCCCGGUGGGUGUUGCCCACUUCCUCCUGCAGAGGAAAGGCUUGAGUCGGCAGAUGAUUGGCGAAUUCCUUGGCAACCGACAGAAACAAUUCAACCGAGAUGUUCUUGAUUGUGUGGUGGACGAAAUGGACUUCUCGGGCCUGGAGCUGGACGAAGGGCUCCGGAAAUUCCAGGCACACAUCAGAGUUCAGGGAGAGGCACAGAAGGUCGAGCGGCUGAUCGAGGCAUACAGCCAGCGCUAUUGCAUUUGCAACCCCGGUGUGGUGAGACAGUUCAGGAACCCGGACACCAUCUUCAUCCUCGCUUUCGCCAUCAUCCUCCUCAACACCGACAUGUACAGCCCCAAUGUGAAGCCUGAGAGGAAGAUGAAACUGGAAGACUUUGUUAAAAACCUUCGAGGUGUUGACGACGGGGAGGACAUACCCCGAGAGAUGCUGGUGGGGAUAUAUGAGCGGAUUCGAAAGCGAGAGCUCAGGACUAAUGAAGAUCACGUGUCCCAGGUUCAGAAAGUGGAAAAACUGAUUGUUGGGAAAAAACCGAUCGGGUCUUUACACCAAGGUCUUGGCUGUGUGCUGUCGCUACCCCACCGAAGGCUGGUGUGUUACUGCAGGUUGUUUGAAGUACCUGAUCCCAACAAGCUCCAGAAGCUUGGUCUGCACCAGAGGGAGAUCUUCCUCUUUAAUGACUUGCUCGUGGUUACCAAAAUAUUUCAAAAGAAAAAGAACUCGGUGACAUACAGUUUUCGUCAGUCCUUCUCGCUCUACAGCAUGCAAGUUCUGCUGUUUGAGAAUCAGUAUUAUCCCAAUGGCUUGCGCCUGACCUCGGCCAUUCCCGGCGCUGACAUCAAGGUCCUCAUCAAUUUCAAUGCUCCAAAUCCUCAGGACCGCAAGAAGUUUACCGACGAUUUGCGAGAAUCUAUUGCUGAAGUCCAAGAGAUGGAGAAGUAUCGGAUAGAAUCUGAGCUGGAGAAGCAGAAGGGUUUGGUGAGGCCCAGCAUGUCCCAGUGCUCUGGGUUAAAGAAGGAAACUGGGAACGGAAACGUGAGCCGCGCCAGCCUGGACGACAGUUAUGCCAUCGGCGAGGGCCUAAAGAGGAGCGCGCUCAGCAGCUCCCUGCGGGAUCUCUCAGAUGCAGGAAAGCGCGGGAGACGCAGCAGUGCAGGAUCACUAGACAGCAAUCUGGAAGGCUCCAUCAUUAGCAGUCCUCACAUGCGGCGAAGAACCCCUUCGGGUCGAGACUGUGCGUCCCGUCACAGCGGAUACUCCCUGCCCAGCUCCUCCUCUCUGCUGGGGUCUCUGUUUGGCACCAGGCGGGUGAAGUCGCCCUGCCCCCAGAGCCCCCACCCCAGCCUCGUCUCCAACGCCCCGCACCCAGCUAACCUGCACCACUCGGCCCGAGCGGAGUCGGACUCAUCUGUUCCCGUCCAUCCUCACCCCGUCCCGUUUUGCCACGUGACCCAGAAUCCCCCGCCUUACCACCACCACCAUCACUACCACCCACCGCCCCAUGUGCAGCACGCGCCCCACCAGUGCCAUGCGCCCCCGUCUCACGGCCAGCAGCCGCCCUUCCCGCCAUACCCGCAGCACAGCCACAGCAGCCACUCUGGCCAUGGCGGCCACCUCCAUGGGCCGACGCCGACGCCAACGUCUCAGGUUCCCAGCAGCAGCACCAAGCCCAAACACAGCGGCAUCAGCACAGUGGUGUGAGUGGAUCACGGCGAACCGUAGCUUGUGAAGACUUUUGCCGGAUGACAUCGUCACACUGUGCGUCUCUGGUUUGCAGAUGAAUCCAGAUUUGAGCAUGGACUUUGUUUGCCGUUCUGUUUCUGCAAACUCUCCUUCCUUCAUACCCUGCAUUUCAUUUCAGGUUCUGUCUGCUUGCUUUAGGAGUGACAGACUCGUGCAAAGACCACGAGCACGACAGAAGAACAAAAUAUCGUACCAAGUAUAUGUGGUCUAGUUUCUAGAGCAAAUGUCUUGGUACUAGACGUGUACCAAUUGCAUUUUUCUGGCCAAUCACUGAUUACCGAUAUUUUAUUCCGAUUUUGACCGAUACCAAUUUUGGGGUCUGAAAUGACCCCAAAAUUGGUCAUUUUUUUGGUCAUUUAAGUUGCCAACUCAGUGGGGCAACUAUUGUCAAUUGUAAACGUGCAGACAUGACUUGGUGGGCUGGUCUGUCAGUCAAACCUUCUCACCGGAGAGCAAAAGGGGAAAGUGGUUCAUUCUUAAACCUUUGCCAAACCAGAUAAGAUCGGCUUCAAAUCAGUCGAUCACCGAACUCCCAAAAUGAAGAAAAUCGGCACAGAUGAAUCCCUACUUAGUACAUUGGAAAUAAAACGAAACUAACUGAUAUGUAACUUUUCAGCAAGAUAAAGCAGCUUUGCUCUAAGUCAGUGCUCCGGUCCUCAGGUCCUGCAUUGUUUAGGUGUUUCCCAAAAUAUUCAAUUCCACAUCUGGAUUGAAUAUUUUGGUGGCCAACAGGCUUCUGCAGUACUUGAUGGUUAUGCCAUCAUUUGAAUCAGUUGUUCUGGACUAGAGGCACAACAAACCAUGCAGAGCAGGGGCCCCAGAGGACUGGAAAUGAUAAGCACUGUUCUAAGUCAAUAAUAGGUAAUAUUGAUGGAAAAGUUCUAGUUCCAUUGGCAGAUUAUUUCACUUAUAACAUGGGGAAAAUAUCUUGUUAGAAGUGACAUAAUCUGCCAGUAGAAUUAAUGCUUUUCCAUCAAUAUCAAGGAAUUACAGACUUAAAGUUCGCUACUUGAUCUUACUGAAAAGUUACUUGCAAUUUAGUUUUGCCUUAUUUCAAGUCAUUUGCACAAGAAACUAGAUCGAAAUGACUUGGUAGGAUUUUGUGUUUGUGCAGUGCAGCACUGUGCGUCUCAAAUUCAUCAAAAGCAACGUGAUUUAACCUCCAUGUAUUUAACAGAAAACGCCAGACGGCGUCGCAGAACCAGUGGCUAUUUAAUGUAGCAGUAGCUCACAGUGCACUGUGAUAUAUCUCUGGUAGCGGUUCUAAAUGUGCCAAUUACCGACAGGAUUUAUCGAGGUAGUAACUGAAACUUACUCAAUGUCUGUUGUGCAUUAUAUUUUGUAGAAAUAAUAAUAAUAUUAUUGGCUGUUACUAUUCUAAUUAAUGCCAAGUAAAUGGCUUCAGUUAAACUCUCAGUAGAGCUGCACACGAGGGGUCCGCAGUUAGGAACCAGUGUGGCGCUGGUUAUCAGGUCACUGGCUGUAAUCUGCUCUGCUUUUCUUUUUUUUUUAAGUCAAACGAGUUUAAAAAAAAAAAAAAAAGAAGUAAAAAAUCUGAGUUCUGUGUUGCUCCGCUACCUCGAAGGGUUCUACAUGUUUGGAAGACGCCACGCCGAGUCACUGUCACGGCAGCCAGGACGCUUUCCUCACUUCAGAAAGCAGUUGUAUAUCAGCGACCCAGCAGACAUAUUAAGGGACAGCUGGAUGCCUCUGUAGCAUCUCCACUGGCGAGAGUGACAAAUAUCAGCACAUAAAGUCUGUUUUUUUCUUUUCUUUUUUUUAUGUAAGAGUUUUUGUUGUUGUUUUACUUGUUUUGUCUGAUUUUAUUUGUUCGGUGUCUCCUGACGGUUCUGUUUGUCCUGCGGUGUCCUCUAUCAUGUCCUCCGGUGUUGUAGUGCAGCUGGCGUCCACGUGGAUUUGGACGUGGUGAACCCCUUCCACACUGAGUCGGGCAACAGAAACGCCCAAAACGGUCUCGGGUAAUCGAAGAGUCCUAGGACAGGACUACAGAAGAGGUGCGUUUUAUGUGGAUUUUAUAAAAGGCAUUCAAGAGGUAGAGCAUCACCAAAGUGGAGAAUGAAAGUCGCCACAAGCUGAAAUCUUUUUGCCUGUUUUUGGAAGGAGAGAGUCUGAACAUUAGUUUUCAAGUUGUCUACUUCCCUGCAAAAAAACUCAAUUUUCUUUGUCUAUUAUGCAAAUAUAUCUUUGCACACCUGAAAUAAGACGAAACUAACGAGUGACUUCAUUUCCUUAAUGUUGAUGAACACAUUCUCGUUCCAUUGGCAGAUUAUUUCACUUAUGACAAGAAAAUUUCCAAAUAAUCUGCCAACAAAACUAAAACUUUUUUUUAAUCGACAUUAAGAAAUUAAUGACUUAAAACAAACUCCUACAUCAAACUGAGGAAUUUCUUCUAAUUUAGCUUUGGCUUAUUUAAAGUGAUCCAAGAUGUUUGUUCUAGAAACUACACCAAAGUUAUGUGGUAAGUUUUGGUGUUUUUGAAGUGUGGGUGAAGGCACGCCUCCAUUCAUGCUCUAGGUGAAUGUAAAUCACGCCACUGAUUUAGUUUUCAGAAGGAAAUCUCUUAUAUUUUAUCUUCGGGUUACAUUGCGACGACUCGAUUUCUUUUUUCUUUUUUUUUUCAUUCUACUAACUAAUUUGCUCUAAACCUUACAGUGAACACAUUUUAGACCAAUCAUCUAAUUUAAAAGCACAUAUCUGAAAAUUCACUCUCCAGCAUGUCUGUGGUCUUUGUUCCAUUUUAAAAAAAAUUAAAAAUAAACAGAGCUUCAAGUUUUCCUCACUGGUCCAAUAAUUCACAUUCAGUGGUUUAUAAGAAAUACUACAUAGAUAAAAAGUACAAAUAAAGAGAUUGAUAGAAAGUUUAUGCGUCUGUGGCAAAGCUGGAGAAAACACUGAAACACAAACCAUCUGUAAUACGCCGUCAUUGUUCUGAGUACAAAAAUAACAAAACGGAUCCAUGAACCAUGACGCUGACCCCCCGCUGAGCGGCCUGGCUCAGCUAAUGAAGGAGUCUCAAACAAUCUCAGCAGCCCGUCCAAAUUCAGUGUGAGAUGCCUUGCUGCAUGCCGUUGAUGCCUACGUUUUCUUUGAUCUGUCCAUUUUUUAAAAAUGUUUAAUUUCUUUUUUUUUUUUUUUUUUUUUUUACUGUUUUCUAUCAUCAACAUGUGUGACUAAAACAAUCUGGUUCAUCAACGUUGCUUGUUUACAUGCAGAUUUCUGCCGUGUCAUCCGCUCCUGUCCGCUCUUUGCACAUUGCGACACGUUGAGUGUGAAAACCUGCUGUGAUUUAAACGUGGAGCAGUUUGGAAAUGGAUGAUGUUUUUAUUUUUUUGUUGUUAUUUUUUUUUGUUUUGUGGUAGCAAAGAAUGAUAAAUGCUUGUACAUACUCUGUAAAUUAUACUUUUAACUAGGUAUGAUCAUUAUCAAUGUCUACAGGUGAAUUGAAAGUACUUCCCUGCUCCCCCUGUCUUCACACAUAGUCCCAGAGCUGCUGCUGUUUGCCUCUGAUAGGACUGAAUUAUCAGGAGAUCACAGGAAGGUCACACGGUCUUCGUGCUCCUGACCUUUACUUCCACCCUCCGUCUCUCGCGGUGGAGCGUGGGAGUCGAAGGGAAGGCCCUCUGUUUGGAAGUCGACAAAUUCCCUGUUAAUGUCAAACGAGUCCUGUGACGAUUAUUGAGAACACAAUAAAAUGAUGCACUAUAAGA